UGACCCUCACCUCUUGAACCCUAUAUUCCCAGAAAACCCUGAACCAAUUUUCUCGAGAAAAUGGAUGAGAAAGCUGUAUAUAUACUACUUCGGGCUCCAGAACAAUCAACCUCAUCGAGGGGUCAUGUAUUACUUAUCAGCUUGUUGUAUCCUAGACCAGAGGUGAAUGGAUCUGGAUAACAUGGAGGAGGAGAAGAAGUGACUGCAUUCUGCUUUCUCAAAGAUUUUCUUGAUUUAUUGAGGACAAUGGCUGCUGGUAGUCAACCAUCAAGAAGUGAGAAACCUUCAAUCAAAUACAGGUAUAAUCCACUUGAGGGGGUGUCCUUUGGGCUUGCUGAUCUUGGUCAUGAAGAUUAUGCUCCCACUUCCUCUGACAAUAGUCACAAUACUAAGCACAAUGGUGAAAAAUCUGAACCCAAGUCCUCUGAGAUAUUUAGCACUGCUGAUCUAGUCUCAGCAGCUAGCCAGAUGUGGGAUUAUGCAAUUCGUCCUUUUUCUGUGUUCCGACCUAAAAGAAGUUCAGCACACAAUGAUGGUGAAACUUUGAGAGAAAUCCUAUUUCAAUAUAGAGUGGGGUGUGGAAAUGACAACUCAAGUACUGCAGCUAAAGGUCAAUACUCCUUGUUUAACUCCAUGAACAUUAGCCAUUCUUCACCCACGGAAAAGGCUAGCUUAGAGUGUCUGAAAGUAUCCCAGAAGCUGUCAGUCUUUGAGCCUUGUCAUGGAAGUUAUACAAAUUCUCUUUUAUGGGGACUCCUAAAGGGUGAAAUGCUUCAUGAAUCUUGGAGAAAUAAGGGGCUUGCAGGUGUAGGAAUCUCAUAUGAUCCAGGAAGUAUAUAUGGAUGGAUGAGUGAAACGACAGUUGCUAGAUUAAGGCAUUUUGUGAACCCUUCCAAGCUUGAUGAAAAGAAAACUGUUGACUGCUGCAUUGCCGGGCAUACUAGUAGUCCUGCAAUCUGCUGCCAUCCUGGCAAUAUCACUGGUCCUACCAAUAACUUGAUCACUGAAAAUGCUGACUUGCAUACUGAAAUAACCAAACCUAUGCAUUUGUCAGGUCAAAAUGGAAAUCCUGUAAUGAGUAUGAGGACAUCUAUUGCAUCUAUCUACUCAGAUUAUCAUCUUGGGCCUGUCCAACUUAUAGAAGCAAAUACUAGUGCCUCUAGACUUCUUGCAGACUACCAUAUCAACAUUUUAUCUUCAGGUACUCCUGAUUGUGAAGAAAGCGUGCACAUGGUGGACGAGGAUGGUCUGCAUGAGAACAAAAAGAAUCAACAAAAUGAAGUUGUAAUUGAGGACGAGACUAAAAUUGAGGUUUUCUCAUCAACACAGGGUAAACAUUGCUAUGCUCUUGCAAAGCAAGAACAUGCUUUUGCUGGAGCAAUGGCUGGUAUAUUUGUCAGCCUUUGCCUACAUCCUGUAGAUACAAUUAAGACUGUCAUUCAGUCAUGUCGCUUCAAUCAAAAUUCUAUUCAUCACAUAGGCAGAUCAAUUAUUACCGAAAGAGGUGUUACAGGACUUUAUCGUGGAAUUACAAGCAACGUUGCCUCUUCAGCGCCAAUUUCUGCAGUUUACACUUUUACAUAUGAAUCAGUAAAGGGGGCUUUGCUUCCUCUUUUUCCCAAGGAGUAUAUAUCUUUGGUCCAUUGCAUGGCCGGGGGUUGUGCAAGUAUUGCUACUUCUGUUAUUUUCACUCCAAGUGAGCGUAUAAAGCAGCAGAUGCAAGUUGGUUCGCACUAUCAAAACUGCUGGAAUGCAUUGAUUGGGAUCCUUAGAAAGGGCGGCUUGCCAUCGCUAUAUACUGGCUGGGGGGCUGUACUCUGCAGGAAUGUUCCACACUCUAUCAUCAAGUUCUACGCAUACGAAAGCUUGAAGCAAUGGAUGUUAUCGUCAUUUCAAUCAACCACUCAACCCAACACAAUAUUAACGCUAGUGUCUGGAGGAUUAGCUGGAUCUACUGCUGCUUUAUUUACAACGCCUUUUGAUGUGGUGAAGACAAGAUUGCAGACUCAGGUUCGUUACCUGAAUUUGUUAUUUCCACAGUGUCACUCUUGUUGAUAAUCACAUGGAAUUGCUUCAAAGGUCAGGCACUUCCUCUGGGAAACUUCAAUCAAGAGUAAUUGGAAUGCACAAUCUAUUAAAUCUGCACUGAUGUUACCUUGUUUUAGAGAUUUUGAGCAGUUGUUUUUAUAGUAUGUAGUAAGUAUGAUGCUUCUGACAAAGUGGUCAUUUGCAGAUUCCUGGAACUAUCAACCAUUAUGAUGGUGUCUUUAACACCCUUAAAGAAAUAGGCAAGCAUGAAGGCUUGAAGGGUCUCUAUAGGUAAGGGUUUGAGAAGUGUAUGGUGGUCGGAUAACCUUCCAUUAAUCUUUCCCUAGAUUAAUUUCUGCAAGCAAAACAAUGUCAGAAUCCAUAGGGUGGAAUGAAGAUACUUUUCUUUCUACAAAACCUUUAUUAGUUGUUGACAAGUGCAUUUGAAUCAUGUUAACAUGUCCCCCAGUUCAAUUAUGUUUACAUGUGGGUUAGUAACUUCAACAAGGAACAAAAGGGAACUGCUACAGUCUCUUCCUUAAAGAAAUUGUUGAGGUACAAAAAUUACCUUUAAUAGCAGAGUAUACAGGUGCGAUUUGAAUAGGUGGCUGAUAGCCUAUUCUUUCAGAAAUGAGAGUAACUUAAUAGUUUUGCCCCAGAUGUUGUGUUGAACCAAAUGAAUCAGUGGCAUUGGUCCCAAAGCACUACUUUGACUGGCAUAAUACAUAAUUUUAUCUUAGAAGUCUGUUCCCCCUUCUCGAGUGUAAAAUGCAGCUUGAAUCGAAGACAACCCAACUUAGAGCUAUCUGAUUCAGCUUUUUCCAAAUUUGCAUUUUCCCUGCUUGGAAUGUUAAGGGGUUGCUGUUCUCUUUGUAGAUUUUAUGAUGCUCCAUCUUUGUAAUUAUAACGCGCCAAUUUCACAAAUCUUGUUUUCAUGAUCAGAGGCUUGGCUCCAAGACUGGUAAUGUAUGUGACUCAAGGAGCACUCUUCUUUGCAUCAUAUGAAUCUUUCAAGAGGUUCUUUUCUUUGGAGGUUCCCCAAACUAAUGCCAACACGAUCUCUUCUGAAGAAAGUACCGAAGUUGAUGGUAUAUAGUCUCCAACUCCGGCACCAACUGCAAAACUUGCACAUGGCCGAGAGCAGGUGCAACAGGACAGUUUGUGAUGGCAUGAGCAAUAGCAAAGAAACCUUGGCAUUCUGCAAAUUAGAGCUUUUCUCGGGGGAUUUUUUAAUUGAAGAUGUAUGUAGACCUGUUGCUCUGUGCUACCCUGAAUUUGAAAUUAUCUUACCAGUCAGUCAAUCAGAAACUCGUCAGGCCAACAGAGGGCAAUGAGUGGUCAUACUUGCCAACCGGGAGUCCCUUCAAAUGCCCACAAGAAAUAAGAGGCCAAAGAGAUUAAGCUGAAUGAAUCUUUCUGAGGGGGCGGCAAAGAAAUACACAGGAUGCAGGUUUUUUUCAGAGCUUGACAAAGCAGAUGAAAAAAAAAGCCUAUCCUGGGGACGCUUCAGUGAUGGUGGAAGCAGCCCACUUAGUUUGCUCAAGCCUAACACCUAAACAACUUAACUGGUUUUCUGGGUGAUAUCUGUGAUAUAAGAAAUGCAAAAUGAAGAAACAUAGUGUGGCAAAAAGAUUGUAUCAGUGCCUCUUUGCUUCAUAUGUAAUUUUGAUUCUUUUUAAUAAUUUGUAUUUAUGAGUAGUGUUUCACCAAAAUUGGUGUAACCAAAGAUGUGAAGCUAACCAGUUUGUUUUAUCUGCUUUUCUUAAUGGUUUUUUUUUGUAAUGCCAAUUAAGUGGCCAUCUUUGUUAAUCAAUUCACUGAC